AUGGCGACAAGGAAACCACCACCAAACAGCAGUGCUGCUCCCAAGCAGGCUAUGGAAGUGUCUGGAGUGGCUCUGGACAACGUCCCUGGAGAUCCAGUCCUGGGAACAACUGUCCCCAUGCAAGAGGGGACUGCAGCUGAACCAUCCGUGGUUGUUGCCAGUGCUCUGAGAGGUGCCCCCUCAGCACCAGGUGAGGGCCUGUCCCUACCAGUGGCACACAUCCCGGCUGCUCAACCAGUGCCAGGGACAAAAGCGUCUUCCUCGGUCACUGGCAAAUUGGCUGAUGCCAAAAAGUUGGUGCAGCUGGGCAACGCUGCCAUCACGGAGGGGAUGCCAAGAACAGCAUGGACCAGCGUGCCAUCGCUCCCCCAGGACAAGCACAGCACAGGGACAUCACCCCCCAGCACCAGCAAGAGCUCUGUUGAGCCUCAUGCAAUCGCCGUGCUCCCAUCCCAGGAGGUCACACCAAGGCUGGACAAGGCCACCUCACCUCCAGCCACAGGAGCCAGCAUCUUUCAGGACACGGGCAGCCCCAUGAAGCUAGCAACAGCCUCAGCCAGCCCUGCUGCUGGCCUCCCUGGGGUUCCCCCCCACGCAGCCAUGGAAGGAGCCAGGAUGGCAGCCCCACCGUCUGCAGACCCCCCAAGCGCACCUUCGGCAAAGGUCACCUUUUCUUCUGCCAUCAUUGGCAUCGGUGAGGCUACAGAACCAGGGACACGUGCCUUGUCCGACACCGGCCACAAAGCCUCGCAGGACCCACCUGUGGACCCCGCUCAGCAGUCUCCAGCACUUUCGGCCCAUGUCCCCCGUGCUGCUCUACCAGCCGCAGGAGAGACGCUUCCCCCCAGCCACAGCGUGGACCUUGGCACCGCUGGAGAUGGGCUGCCUGGAGCCAACGCUGUCACCCACCCCCAGGCCACCGCACUAGCUCCAGGCACACCAGCUAUGGCGGUGGAUGCCACCACUGCAAAGCACAUCCCCACCGCAUCGGUCCCUGCUCUGGGAAGCGCCGGCGCUGAGCUGGUGAGUGUCGGGAGCAAGCCUAGUGCCAGAGACACAGCAGGCACCGCUUCCCCGGAGACCAAGGCCACACCAGUGGGGCUCAGCGUGAGGCUGUCCCCCCACGAGCCUCUCAAUGGCCCUGGUGGUCCCUCUCAGGGGCCCUUCGUGCACUCCAUGGGGUCUCUGCUCCCCCAGACCUCCUCAGCAGGCCCUGGGGCCACAUUGACAGAGGCAGAUGGAGGUGGAUCCCCACCAGCUGGACCCAGCGUGGCCACAUCCUCCACAUCCUUGUCCCUUACAGUCACCGGUGGAGCAAAGCCAGAUGGAACCACUUCAGCUGCUGCUGCAGCAUCAUCCUCCAUCGCUGCGAACACCCAUCUGGUGGUGGUGGCACCCUCUGUCACCCCCAGCAUCACUGUCAUUGGUUCAACAGUGGGAGCAGGUGAUGCCAGUCUCAACAGGGUCACAACACCAGCCUCUGCUGUCCCCAGAAGUGCCUUGGCUCCACAUGGCCCCCUUUUCACCCUGAGGCCAUCCCCUGAAGCCACCGAUGGCACCCAUGACUCAGCCUUGAGGGCUUUCAGCCCUGUUGCUGAGGAUGACUCCACGGCUGAGGUCUCCUCUGUUGGCCACACAGAUGCAAGGGAAACUACAGCUACAUCUCAGUCAGAUGCUGGGAGUACCACCACCUGGGCGGACACCACCCUCUCUGAGAGUGGAGCUGAGGGUGCAGCACCCCCAGCCACCAUCAGCGGCACCCAUGUGCCUGUCCCCAGCACCACCAGCACAAGCCUGGCCACCACACCAGCCACCAGCGUGUUCCCCAGCAACACCAUCCCACCAGCCACCUCAGCUGGCAGGAAGACCUUCAUGGAGAUUGGGGCCACCACAGGCAUGCCAUCUGCCAUGGCAAAGGCCACCAGCACCAGCAGUGCCCUGUCCCUCCCUGUAAUGCACAACAAAGCAGGUGGAGGCAGCCACCCUGUUCCAUCCCCAGCAGAGCAUACCGCCUCCGAGGAGCCAACUGCGCCCUGGGUCACCCUUUCGGUGGCAGUGCCCAGUUUACCCCUCCCAAGCCUGCACAGCUCAGUGGAGGAGCCAGCACCAGCCUCUUUGUCCCUGCCUGGUGUUGGUGUGACUGAGGACCCAACAGCCAGACAGACAUCCCCUGAGCUGACAGCAGGCGCCACUUCUCCCACAGCCAUCAGCAAUGGUCCCAUGGAACAGGCAGCGAGCAUGUCACCUUCUGGUUUUCAGACACCUCCAGGGCCACCUGCCUGGGGGGAGAAAAGAGAAACUGCAGGCAACACUACAGCCAUCACUGCAGAGACCACCACAGGGGCCAUCACUGCAAGGACCACCCCAGCCAUCGCUGCAGAGAGCACCAUGGCCAUCACUGAACAGACCACCACAACCACUGCUGCAGCUAGCACCCCAGCCAUCGCUGCAGAGACCACCACAGCCAUCACUGCAGGGACCACCGUGGCUGUCACUGCAGAAAGCAUCACAGCGAUCACUGCAGACAGCACCACAACCAUUGCUGCAGGGACCACCCCAGCCAUCACUGCAGAGACCACCACGGCAAUCGCUGCAGAGAGCACCGCGGACAUCACUGCAGGGACUACCGUGACCACUACUGAAAGGACCACCACGGCCAUCACUGCCGGGACCACCACGGCCAUCACUGCCGGGACCACCAUGGCCAUCGCCUCAGGGAAUACCACAACCCCCACUGAAAGGACCACCAUGGCCAUCACUGCAGGGACCACCACAGCCAUCACAGCAGAGAGCACCACAGCCAUCGCUGCAGGGACUAUCACGACCACCACUGAAAGGACCACCACAGCUAUCACUGCAGGGACCACCACAGCCAUCGCAGCAGAGAGCAUUGCAGCCAUCACUGCAGGGACUACCACAACCACCACUAAAAGGACCACCACAGCUAUCACUGCAGGGACCACCACAGCCAUCACUGCCGGGACUACCAUGGCCAUUGCUUCAGGGAAUACCACAACCCCCACUGAAAGGACCACCACGGCCAUCACUGCUGGGACCACCACAGCCAUCACUGCAGGGACUACCACGACCACUACUGAUAGGACCACCACAGCCAUCGCUGCAGAGAGCACGACGGCCAUCACUGCAGAGAGCACCACAACCAUCGCUGCAGGGACUACCACAACCCCCACUGAAAGGACCACCACAACCAUCACUGCAGGGACCACCACAGCCAUCGCUGCAGAGAGCACGACGGCCAUCACUGCAGAGAGCACCACAACCAUCGCUGCAGGGACUACCACAACCCCCACUGAAAGGACCACCACAACCAUCACUGCAGGGACCACCACGGCUGUCACUGCAGAGAGCACUGUGGCUGUUACACCCCCAGCCCCAGUGAGCCCAGCCAAGGAGGCGGGAGGUCUCCCGGUUCCAGGCACCAUGGCACCAGGGAGGGCACAAACCACCACUAGCCCUGCCACAGCCCCAGCUCCUGCCUUUGGGACACAGAAGGGACUGACCACAGCACCAAGCACAUCUGCCCACACCACCGCUGGCCACAAAAAUCCUGCCCCGGAGCCCCAACCCACCCACAGCCUUAGCAUGCCAGCAGCCUCGCUCUACCCCUUUGGCAUGGAGGCAGGGGACCAAGAGUGCAUCCAGAGGACGGUGGAUUUUAACUCCUCCCUGUUCAAGCCAGAGAUUGGGUUCCCCUUCGGGAUGUCGCUGCGGGAUGCUCUCUACUUUACAGAUAACGGACAGAUCAUUUUCCCACCCACGGAGAACUAUGUCGCCUCCAACCCCAACCCACCUCCCAGGGGCUUCAGCGGCCAGAAGGGUUUGCCAAUGGUGGCUGCCUUUUGGGAUGAUGCAGAUUUCUCCCAGGGUGUUGGCACCACCUGGUACCAGGAGUACUCCACCCUCAGCUCUACCCGAGAUCCCCUUGUCCGUGACGUGGAAGCAAAGAUUGAGAAAUACCUGCAAACCCCCUACACAGCAAAAUGGACCUUGAAGGUGACGUGGGAGAAGGCUCCAGCCUACCCAUCCCGGCGUGAUGACACUCAGACGAACACCUACCAGGCAGUCCUCACCACUGACGGAAGUCAUUCCUUUGUCCUGCUGCUCUACCAGGAUGGUGGGAUGCGGUGGGACUACACCAAACUGGCUGCACACAAUGUGCUGAUCGGCUUCUCCAGUGGUGAUGGCUAUGCCCAAAAUAAUGAGCUGACUCAACAGCCACCAGCUGUCAAGUACCGACCUGACCAGCACAGCAGCGCUGGCACCGAUGUGCGUGGGCUGUGGAUAUACAGGCUGGACAGUUACUCCCAGGUGAACUACAGGCUGCAGUGCCUGGUGUGGCUGGACACAGAGCCAGCGCCAGACACGUGGAACAGGCAGCUGCCACCAUGCCCCUGCUCCCAGCCCCAGGCAGAGCUGGACCCCCGCUACCGCCGGAGCAGAGGCCCGUCGAACCCCUCCAUGAGGAUGCUGCGCACUGCGUCCCCCAGCCCAGCUGGAGCUGGGGUGCGGUGUCUGUACCAAGAUGGGAGCUUGCUCGAAGGCUGGCAGGAGAGGACUUGGAGCUCCCCCACCCACCCCACCGCUGACAGGGAGCUGGAGGCAUUCGACUGGUGCUGCCGGCAUGUGCAGAAGCCUCUGUUCUGCACCAGGUUUGCCGAGAAGAGACCAAGGGUCAGCUGUGAAGGAUACGUGCCACCCACCCCUGCUGGUGCCUUUGGGGACCCCCACAUGACCACCCUGGAUGGACUCACCUACACCUUUAAUGGGCUCGGGGAUUUUGUCCUGCUGCUGGCCAGCGAUGCCCAGACCAGCUUUGUGCUGCAGGGGCGCACAGCCCAGACUGGCACAGCCCAGGCCACCAACUUUGUGGCCUUCGCUGCCCAGUACAUCUCCACCACCACCACAGCAACAGUUGAGUGGACCUUGGGGAGCCAGAGUGAAAUCCAAGUCCUCCUGAAUAAUGAAUCUGUCCAGUUUUCCUAUUCCCAAGAUAUGAGUGCUGAGGUGUGCUAUAGCCGUGGUGUCCUGCUGGUCAACACCUCCUCUGUCACGGCUGUCUUUGAUGGGGCCAUCGCCAUCUCCAUCUCAGCCAACUCUGGGAUCCUCAGCGUGGUCUGCGGCCUGCCCAGUCGGUACCAGAACAGCACCAAGGGCCUCCUGGGUGUGUGGGACUACGACCCCGCAGACGACUUCCAGAUGCCAAACGGUACCAGCAUCCCUGUGAACAGCAGUGAGGAGGAGAUCUACAAUUAUGGGAUGACCUGGGCUGUUGGAGAGCACAGCCUGUUUGCUCAGCCUCUGGACUCACGGGUAAUGAACUUCACACCCAUCUUCUUGUCUCGGCUGCGGCAGGAAAAUGAAAGCCAGUACCAGCUGGCAGUCUCUCAGUGCCACGGCAGCAAGGAAUGCAUCUAUGAUUCACUGAGCACAGGGGACGUGGCCCUGGGCCUGGCCACCCAGAGCCUCACAGAUGACUUCCAGCAGAAGAAGACAGCACUCAACUCCUUCCCUCCUGUUAUCACUGGUAAUGCAUCGCUCACGGCCUUCAGGACAGAACGGGUCACGAGGCAGUACCAUGCCACCGGGGUGGGCGCACGCUUUGUCCCCCACCUCUCACCAGAGCUCAACAUAUCAGAGAAUGGUACCCUGAUGUGGGAGCCCCGUGGAAUGAACCCAUUCACCGUCAACCUGGAGGCUGUCGGGUCCAACAACCUCUCCGCCCUCCUCCAGCUCCGCUUCACCCUUUGCAGCUGCAGCAGGAGCCAGGAGUGUGACUACAGCAACACCAUCACCCUGGAGGGGUCCUCCCUGCAGCUGGCAGCCUGCAGAUGUGAGGGUGGCUACUCGGGUACCCUCUGCCAGGACCCUCCAGACCCCUGUGCCCAGGGAUGCUUCCCCGGCGUGGCCUGUGACUCGCACACCGGCUGUGGCCCCUGCCCACCUGGCCUGACCGGCGACGGGCGGCACUGCUCAGAUAUCGACGAGUGUGCGCAGGGGACAGUGUGCCAAGGGAAUGCCACCUGCACCAACACGGCGGGCAGCUACUACUGCUCCUACCCAGAUGGCGUGGAGGGUGAGGGGCUGGGCUGUGGCUCCCGCUCCUGCCCCGAGGGCUACUGUGGCAACUGGGGACACUGCAGCCUGCACCCCAUCACCUGCACCCCCAGCUGCACCUGCCCCCCGCCUUUCACUGACCAGCGGUGCCUGGUGGCGGGGGAGGAUUUUCGGCCGCUGCCCAGCCCAGAUCUCCCCCGGAGAAGCGUCCUGCUGCGGGUCAGGGCACUGCGAAACGCCACUGUUGGGGAAGUCAACGGCACCGUGUCGGCCAUUCUGGGCUCCCUGGAGGUGAAGGCUUUCCAGAGAAACACCAACAUCACCCAGACGACAGACAGCGAUGGCCUCACCUUCCUGGUGGUCUCUGAGUUCACCUACAACAGCCGUGGCACCGUCAUCCAGUUCCUGAACGAGGAGCUGCUGGAAGCCAUCACCAGUGCCUUCAACAGGCAGCGGGGGCGGCGGGAGGCGGGGGCACCCCUCCUCUUCCAGCACCUGCACCGCGACAACGUCACCGACCUGGUGAAGCUGACGGUGGAUGAGCUGAGGGGCUAUUUCCCCUGUGAUCUGUAUGGCUACAAAGGCUACCGGCUCCACUACACGGGGACCAUCGGCUUUGUCUGCAUGUCCCCUUGCAAGACGGGCUACUGCCAGCACGGUGGCCAGUGCCAGCACCUGCCGGAGGGGCCCACGUGCAGCUGCCUCCCCUUCUCCAUCUUCUUCCCUGGUGGCACCCGGUGCGAGCGACUGGCCAUCAGCCUCGCCGCCUUCCUGGGCAUCUUGCUGGGAGCCCUGGCUCUGCUCUGCCUCCUGCUCGCCAUCACCUGCCUGGCCUCACACCUCUGCCGCCGGCACCAGCAACGGGGGGUCAAGGAGAACUUCUGGAGGCCACGGCCCUUCUCCUCUCUGAUGAUGGCAGGAGAGCGGGCAGGGUCCACCCGCUCCCACUCCCCGGGAAGGCGUUGGGAACCGCAGCUCCAAGCUAUCGACCCCUCAGUCCAGAUAAAGAUCCAGAGACCCCACAUCAGGCCUCUGAGCCAGCCCCCCGCACAGCCAUAGCCUGCCACUGGUCCUGCCCUGGCACCUCCAAAUCACGGAGGAGCCAGACGAUGCUGCCAGCCCCACUGCCUGCUCUCGGGGUCUCUGGCAUCAGUGCCUGCAUGGAGACAGGGGACGGGCAGCUGUCUUUUGGGGUCUGCUCUUUGUAGGAGAUUCAUUCUGGAGGAGGUGAUUUUUUUGAAUGAAAAAUGUGGAUUUACGUUGGGUGGCCAAAGAGACAGGAUUUCACCUUCCCCUGAGGACCUGCAGAGGCCACUGGGGUAGUCCUUGAGCAUGUCUGCUCAAGUGCAGCGUAACCAGACCCAGCAGAGCCACUGAGAGCAGAGCGAGGUGGGGCAA